CAACACACACCCCUAACCCCCCACUCCCUUCUUCCUCCUCUCCUCCUAGACUCCACGCCCUCCUCUCCUUCUUCCACCUCUUCUCCCCACCUGCAUGCCGAGAACCCCCGCCUCCUCGGAGAAGCAGCAGAACCCGCCACCGCCGCCGCCGCCGCCGCCUGGUAUCGCGGAGCCAUCUCUUCGCGCCGUCUCUGUAUUCACCCGCGCCCCUUCCUGAUUUCUUGGACAAGAAAAGGGUGUUUCUUGACUUGAUCAGUUCGGGGGAGGGGGAGGUGAUGGUGGUUGGGAGAUAGGGGCGCAGAGAUACGAGGCGAUGGGGAGCUGCGCGGGAGAGGAGGAUUUGCCCGGCGGCGUGACGGGGGCGGACGCCGAGGUGGGGGCGCUCGUGUGGGUGCGCCGCCGCAACGGAUCCUGGUGGCCCGGUCGGAUCCUCGGCAUGGACGAGCUGCCCGAGAACUGCGUCAUCCCACCGCGCUCGGCCGGCACGCCCAUCAAGCUCCUCGGCCGCCCCGACGGUAGCAUUGACUGGUAUAAUCUCGAGAAGUCUAAACGUGUGAAGUCAUUUCGGUGUGGAGAAUAUGAUGAAUGUAUAGAAAAAGCCAAGGCUCUAGCUCGCCAGCAAAAGAGGACACAGACUGAAGGGAGGUAUGUUCGUAGAGAGGAUGCCAUCAUGCAUGCCCUUGAAAUUGAAAGGUCCCGUUUUCCAAAUAAAGGUGAUGAUCUUGAAGAGGACACUGAUAAUGAUAUUUGUGCAUCCCAGAACAUCUAUUCCGGAAAAUCUAAAAACAUAAAUGGGCUCAACAAAAGAUCUUCUCGCACUUCAAGGGGUCUGUAUGAUAUUGAAGAAAAUUCAGCUCAAGGUUUGUCUCAAGCCUUGGUACUGUAUAAACAGCCACAAAAUACAUCAUCUUCAAGCACUAGGUAUGCAUCAUCAUCAAAGAAGAAACGAAAGGGACACAAGGAUUUUGAGGAUGAUACAACUCAAGGAUUCCAGCGUAUGAGAGAUCUUAGGGAGAUCGGAACAAAGAAUGUUCCCAGGCAGAAGCCCGGUGCAGCCAUCUUUUCAGAUGAGCAUCAGGAUGUACCUCUUCUUGAAAGUGGACAAAGCUUUGGCUAUGAUUUGUCCAAUACCAAUGGGAUAAAGAAGAGUAAGCAGUCUCAUUCGUCCAUAAAAAAGAAACGCUCCAAUAUUGGGCAAUCCUAUGAAAAUUCGAGGAAGAAAGGUAGGCGCCGUCCUCUAUCAAAGUUAUGUGAAGAUUCAGAAGUGACUGUUCCAACAUAUUGUCACUGGGACCCUUCAGGGCAGUCUUCUAGUCAGUACCCAGGAGACCAAAUGUCCAAUCUGUUUGAACCAAGUAGGGCAAAAACUAUUUUUUCAACUGAUGUACAUAACUGUUCCUACAGCUCAGGCACUUCAAGUUUGGAGACCUUAGUAGAUACAUCACGCACUAAUCACAAAGGUGCUGCCAAGGCUAUUACAGUAAAGGAUGCUGAAGUCAAGUGCAUGACUAGAUUUCUCAAUGAUGACUGCUCUGAUGGUGAUGAAUUUUUUGAUGCCCUUCCUUUGGAAGCUGAUGUUCUGAAGGAAGGCCAUUUCGAUACUUAUGGAUCUUGUACAUCCAUAAAGGAUCAAAUCUCAAAACUUAGCAAUCAAGAUACUGACUGCAGCAAAGCUGGCAUAUCUUCAAUUAGGCAUCAUAGAAGUUCCAAGAAGAAAAGCAUAAGCUCUGUCACUCCAAUACCUAAUGAAAGCCACAAGAGGGAUAAGAAUUUGCUGCUGCAGCAAUAUGAAGGGACAACAAAAUUGGACGGUGCUGUCUGUAAGCCUACUGAACUUGAGAAUAUUAUGCGGCUUGCAACACCUGAGCACGAUGAGUCCUCUGAAACUAUAAGCAACCAUUCAAAUUCUGAGAAGGGCACAGCAUCAUUCCCAUAUUAUGUUCCACUUCAAGUAAUAAUGCCUGAACAGCAACCUGACCUGAAACCUCCAAGAUGCCAUGUAAUGAGGCCAACCAAGAGAGGACGUGCAGAUUAUAGAUUAUAUGAUGUUGAGCUGACUGUUCAAAGAAGCUACAAGGGCCAUCCCGUGCCCCUUGUUUCCCUCAUGAGUAAAUGGACAUGUAAACCCAUUGUGGGGUAUCCUGUCACUGUGGAGGUUUUGAAGGAUAGUCGUCCCGCAGCAAGUAGGGAUGAGCACCGCCCAGCAAUGGGCAGUCUUAAUUCCUUACUAAAGAGCAGAGCUGCAGAACCACGGCAAGCAAGAUCUUCACAUAAAUCACGAUCAAAUUCUAGUGGUCGCAAAAAGGUCUCGGAGCAUGAUUUGGAUAAGUCUUGGCGCCCCCAUACCAAGAAACCAGCAUCUUCACCGAGGAAAAUGCGGAGGCUCUCAUCUUUCGCCAGCAGUUGGAGAGAGAGCGCAAGCAUGAAGACUGUAGUCGCAAAAACUGGUGGACCUACCGUUGCGUGCGUCCCACUUCGACUCGUUUUCAGCAGGAUCAAUGAAGCACUAAGCUUUCCAGUGAGACAAGAAAACCCCACGUGAAGUGGGCAGGCAGGCAGGAGAGCACUUUGCAUUGCAGAGGUAGCAUGUGGCAUCAUAUACAUUUGCUAGAAUUUCUUUGUACAAUAGUUGCCAUAUAAUUUGAAAGCUUAAUACCUGGCAUGUUCAUAUCAGUGUCAUAUCCUUGUAAUCCGUAACUGCACCAGGCAGUUACUAAUUACCCUCCUUGAGUUUCUGGUGAAGCAACCAACAGUUGGGAGGAAAUAAGGUGCAUGAGUUGCCGUGCUUUCGUCUGAUAGUGGAAGAGAAAUGGCAGCACAGUUUGCUAGA